GCCUCGUCUUAGAUUCAGGUAAAUACAGGAUGAUCCUUGUUUUAAAAGCAGCGCAGGAACUGGGUUUGGAAACGAAAAGCGAAACCUUGUGCUGCGAAGCCAGAGGGGGUGCCGGUGGCGGCCUGGUGGGUGUCACAGCAGGUGUGAGGCCGCCUGAUUGUGUGCCAGGCAAGCAGCCCUAAGCCGCCUCUCCGUGCUACAGCGGGCAUGGAUUUGGCAAGCAAUUGAGGAUGUUGCUUCUCCGGUGGCUUUUAAAGGGCUUUAAAGGGUUGUUUUUAAGGGAAAGGGUCCGGCCAGUUUUUUCCCCCUCUCUCUCCACCACCUGAAUACUCUGUCAAAGCUUGCGCUCUGGAAAAAGCUCCAUAAUGCCUUCCUGUGGGAAAUGCUAGGCAUGUGUAUUUGAGCAGCUGCAUGUGACUCUGUAUGACAGAGUAGCUCAAAACCGGGCAAGAGCGGGCCAGCACAAAGGUUUGCGAGAAAGAUCUCUGCACUCUGCCAUGGCUUUAGCUCGCGGACUAUUUCUAGAAUGAGAAAUGAGGAAAGCCUGGGUUCCUAGUAGGAAAUUUGUGGGAACCCUUCCUGCUGAGGGAGCCAUGACGUGCAAUGGAUCAACAAACGCAGAGCCUUGUGCCACUUCGGAGGAAAAUCCUGACCGAGAACUGGCUAAAGAGUGCUGCAGACUCCAAACGUUUGCCAAUUUUCCAAGUCGCUGUCCUGUGUCCUCUUUAACUCUCGCCCGAGCUGGUUUUUUCUACACCGGAGAGGGAGACAAAGUGAAGUGCUUCAGUUGCCAUGCAACUGUAGAAGGCUGGCAGCCGAUGGACACUGCAGUCGGAAGACACCGAGCGGUUUCCCCAAGCUGCACGUUUAUUAAUGACCUUACCUUUUCGAAGCAGGAUAUACAUUCUGUACUCCCAAACUGUCAGCCCAGAAUUGAAAAUGGUCUGGGAGAUAGCUCUCCUUUGGACCCGUCCCCUGAACUCUGUGCAGAUUAUCUGUUGAGAAGUGGGCAAGUUGUGGAUCUCUCAGAUACGUUGUACCCCAGGAAUCCUGCCAUGUGUCGGGAAGAAGCCAGGCUGCGGUCUUUCCUCAACUGGCCACCCUACGCCCCGAUUGCUCCCGAGGAGCUGGCCAAGGCAGGCCUCUAUUACACCGGCACGGAGGAUCAAGUAGAAUGCUUUUGUUGUGGAGGCAAGCUGAAGAACUGGGAGCCCUGUGACCAAGCGUGGUCAGAACAUAGGCGCCAUUUCCCAAGGUGCUUCUUCGUCCUUGGCCGCAAUGUUGGGAACGUUGGGAGUGCUCCAAAUCACUCUGGAGAGGCUGAGCUGGGGGAAAGUGAGAGGUGUCAUGUAAGCCUUCCCCAGAAUCCCUCUAUGGCAAACUAUGAAACCCGAAUCCAGACCUUUAUGACGUGGAGGUAUUCGGUUAGCAAGGAGCAGCUUGCCCAAGCUGGGUUUUAUAGCACAGGUAAUGGUGACAAUGUCGUAUGCUUUCACUGUGGCGGUGGUCUGCAGGAGUGGAAGGAAGGUGAAAAUCCUUGGGAGCAACAUGCGAAGUGGUUCCCUGGAUGCAAAUACUUGGUAGAAAAAAAAGGACAAGAUUUUGUAAACAGCGUUCACUUAACUCAGUCACUGCAGGAUUCUACAAUAGAAACUGCUGAGAAGACAUCAUCUAUUAAAGAUGAGGAGCUUCUACAGAACCAUUUGGUCCAGGAUGCCAUGCGUAUGGGUUUCAGCCUGGGUGAAAUUAGGAAGACGAUGGAAAGGAAACGCCACCUGUCCACAGAACACUACAAAUCGGUUGAGGCUCUGGUUACAGAUUUAGUAAAUGCACAAAGUGACAAAAUACAAGAUGUAUCCUGGGAAAGUGUACUGCAGAAAGAUCUUGGUACUGAAGAGAAGCUGAGGCGUUUGCAGGAGGAAAAACUAUGUAAAAUCUGCAUGGAUAAAACCAUCUCAGUCGUUCUCCUUCCUUGUGGGCAUCUUGUGGCUUGUAAAGAUUGUGCUGAAGCCAUUCACAAAUGCCCUUUGUGUUGUGAAGUUAUUGCAAAAAGACAGAAGAUAUAUAUGUCCUAAUAGGCAGCACUGUGCUAUGCAAGUACAAAACUCCCCUUCCGUGACACCAAUCUAGUAACGGACCACACGUGCAAGGUUGUUAACACUGAAAUGAAUUGAAAGAGCAUCGAGCUUUAAUCCAACGCACUGACACCGUUUGGAUUGUCGCUGCUAAGUCUCGUGCUCCUAGGCUGUCCAUUGGCCCUAAAGGCUUAUACGGAGAGUGCUGGGCUGCCAUGAGCGUGUAAAGUCCAGCUUCGGAAACCUGUUCUAGCACUAAUGCUUGGGGGUUGGCUCCAGCCCCAGCCACUCGCCUUAGAGAAGCCAGCUGGCUGGUUGUAGCAACUUUCUUCCCUGGCCCCUUCACCCCAUGAUCCAGCGAAGGUCUUUCACCAGCCUAGUAUGCACCAAGGGGGCACGUCUGUGUCUCAGCUGUCUCAUUGCCGUCAGGAGUACAUGUUCUCUAGGGAAGCGCAUUCAGUCAUCUCGGCCCCCAUCUGAAGUGGUGCCUCCCAGGCAAAGCUUUACAUCUUCACUGGGAGCUUGGCUGGAGUUGGGGGGCAGGGGUCGAUGUUUGAGCCCCUUGCGAUGCCUCUUCAGCUGCAGCACAAAUCCCUGUGCUCAGAAUUGGGUUGCCCUUCAUCCUGCUUCCAUUGUUGUGGCAGUGGAGAGGUGGUCAGACCUUGACUCUUGGAGUUAUUUUUAAUAGUGUCCAGUUAGGUGUGCAAAUAUAGCUAAAGACUCCAUGAAAGUAAACAAGAAGGCUUUCAGCAGUUGCUGGUGGAGUGGUCUUGGUAGCUGCACAUGCAGCCUUCCUAAAUAACAACCGCAAAGUAAAUGGAACCAACAACUGCCAAGUAAGUGCAUAUGCGUUGGGUUCCAAUGAAUAUGUGAAACAACAAAUUGAGUACUUGGUUUGCUGCUUAAUUGUUGGGCUAGACGUUGAGAGCCUCUCAGUCUCACUUCUGAAAGAGUAAAUGAGCUAGGGUUGAAAGGGGGGGGGCGGGGAAGUAAGGCAGAUGAAACCUCUUAAUAGGACACUUUUCAAGGCAAGUGCUUAGAGACACGUUUUAUGACUUGCCGAUUCUGUUUUGAGUAGUUCUAACCAAAUGCUUCUUUAGUCUCCCAUCACUUGGGUCGAACGAUGGCAACAGAGCUGACAUAUAGCAAGUGCUCUAAUUUGACGUCUCCUGUCAUCUGCCUUUGGGGGUGGGGGGAUACUCAAGAGUAGGUGAUUGGAAGAUGUUAGCUAUACGUUGAAUCAGGGUGUUUUCAAGAUGAAUUGUCCCCCAGUGUUUUCAGCUACUGGUGAUAUACAUAGGGUUGGGGGGGGGGGCGUCCUCCCGCCAGUUACCUAUGUUUGCCUCCCUCUUGACCAUAAUCAAUAGAUGUUUGAAGGUCAGAUGAACGAUAUGCCAUAACCAUGCUGCUUUGCUAUCUUUUGGAGAGUCGCAUGUACACUAACCAAAGGUGUGCAUGUGUGGGGUCUUACAAACACUCACAUGCACAAAUUUGUAGGGUGUCGGCCUUGGUGCAUUCAGUAGUGGAGCACUACAAGUGAAGUCCUGUCCGAAGUUGUGUGUGUGUGUGUGUGUGUGUGUGUGUGUGUGUGUUGGUCCCGUUGUGCCUAAUGAGAACCUCACAGGAGUAACCGGGUUGAGGGAUGCCGCCUGCAGUCCUGCUGCAGAUUCUUGUUGACCCUUUCCCCACAAGCUGCCAGAAGGAGCAGCAACAGUGGGGCCGUGCAAUCUCCCAGCCCCAGGUUUGGUUGAAAUCUGCUCGGGUUGAGGCUGCCGGGAGGAAUCUCAGCAGAGCUUCUCAGCACAGCAGUGCUUGUGGGGUCAAAAGUUAACUGAGCAAGCUAGUAAAAAUCCCAGACUAACCAAGCACAAGUAGCUUGGUGUGUUGUAUGUACUUGCACUUUAGCAUAACAUCCAAUUCACCACCUAUUUUUAGAGCUAUCCCAAAGUCACGUGUUUUGAUCCUGAGUGCGAUCCACUUUAUGCUGCCUGUCUUCUGUGUGAGUUUGUUUUUUAAUUAAGCUGGUACAAAGCACCGUCUGGUGACCUGCACCCUGAGCGGGUGGCUUGACCACCCAUCCUGGUAUAUCUUUACAGCUUCCAUUCUGGUCCUUGUCUUAACUAUCUGAACUGCUUGCAUGGCAAGAAGACACUUUUACAAUGAAAAACAAGUCAUAAGACACCCUUCUGCAGUAUCAUGGCAUUUGCUGUCAUUGUUUUAGUUUCUUUCAUCACUUUGCUUUAGAAAAUAAUAUGAUUUUAAAAGAUAAAGUAAACGUUGAUGGUAUCACUAAACUAUGCAUCUCUUCUGAUCAGUAGACCGCAUCCAAAUACACGUAUGUAUAUAGAAUUAGAUUUGGAAUCAAGACUCUAUAAUGUUUGGUUGUAAAUGUUAUUUGUUAAUCCUUAACAGAGAUAUAGUUUUUUUCCAGCUAGAUAAAGGCUUUGAGCAAACAUAUUCCAGUGUACUCACAGAAGAUUUAUUUUUUUAAAGUAUUGUAAUUGUGUAAUAUAAUCUUAGAGCUGUUUUGCAGUUCUGCCUUUGGUGACAAUUUUUAAUAAAGUGAUUAUUCUUGUGUA